UUACAUUCCAGGAGAAGAUCCCAGGGUCAGAGGCAGUCCCCAGCAAUGUGCCCGGGAUCACAUAUUACCGACCCUACCCACAACAUUGCUGCACUAGGAGCCUAGCCCCUAACCAGGACUCUUCUGCCAGCCCAGCACCCCUCUGCCAGGCGCCCGGUAGUAGGGACUCCUGAUUACUGCCCUCACAUAGCCAGUCCUGCUCCUGACCGUCCUGUCCUCCCUAACUCUCCCACAUCCACGUCCUUCCGAGGGGACUAGAUGGCCCCAGCUUUCCCUCACUCCCCAUAGCACUCCUGCUCAUGCUGCCCCAUACUGCAACCACUCCUACCCCAUCCCUGCUGUGCCUCUGACCACUCCUACCCCCCUCUGCUGCACCACUAACCACUCCUACCCCCAGCACCCCUCCCUCUGAGUCACGGAACAUGGUGGAGUGCAGUAAGCGGCGGGGGGAGGGCUGGAGCCCAGCUGCACGGUAACUCCGGUGUUGCCAACUUUUACCACCCAGGACCCCAAUGUAAUAUGGCCCGUUGGAUUCCCACCAAGAGAGAGAAGUUUGGAGUGGCCAUUUACAACUUCCAAGCUACACAUGCCGAGGAUCUGAGCCUACAGGUGGGAGACACGGUGCAGAUAUUUGAGACAUAUGAGGGUUGGUAUAGAGGCGUCACGUGGAGGAACAAAUCAAAGAAGGGUAUAUUUCCAUCUACAUAUAUUCAUCUAAAACAAGUGGCUGAUGACAAAGGGCACCAUGAACCAGCAAUACUCAGCGAGCUUCCUCUGGUACAGGAGCUCACGGUCACACUACGGGAAUGGGGGGUCCUCUGGCACUCGCUGUAUGUGCACAACGAGCGGGCACAUUUCAGCCAGAUACAAAACAUGAUGUCUCAGCUCAUGGAAUGGCGCUCGCAGAUCAUGUCUGGCACGCUACCUAAGGACGACUUAGCAGAACUCAGGAAAAAAGUGACAGCCAAGAUUGACUAUGGAAAUCGAAUCCUGGAGUUGGAUCUUGUGGUCAGAGAUGAUAAUGGAAUCAUCCUGGAUCCAGACGAGACCAGCAUCAUCGCCCUGUUCCGCUCCCACGAGACCGCCACAUGGCGAAUUGAUGAGAAGAUCCAGGAGGAGUCGUCCCAGCUACAGCCCCUGGAAUGCCGGAGCCCAGCCAUGCUCCAUGUGGCUCACACCUACAGCCUCUACAUUAACCUCAAGAACUUUGUAUGUAACAUGGCGGAGGAUGCAGAACUGCUUAUGUGCCUCUAUGACCCAGACAGUUCCCACUUCAUCAGUGAGAAUUAUCUGGUGCGCUGGAGCAGCUCUGGUAUGCCUAAAGACAUAGAGAAAUUAAAUAACUUGCAGGCAGUGUUCACUGACCUUAGCAGUCUGGAUUUGAUACGUCCCCGGAUCAGCCUGGUGUGUCAGAUUGUGCGCGUAGGGCACAUGGAGAUGAAGGAUGGAAAGAAACACACAUUUGGCUUAAGAAGACCAUUUGGUGUAGCAGUGAUGGACAUAUCAGACGUAAUCCAUGGAAAGGUUGAUGAUGAGGAGAAGCAACAUUUUAUACCUUUUCAUCCGAUGGCUAAAGAGACAUACAUCAGCCAGCGGCAGCUCAUCAUGUCUCCUCUGAGUACAUCCCGGGUACUUGCAGAGAAUGAACCACUCCCCACCAUCUACAACAAGGUGAUCGCGGCCAAGGAAGUCAACCACAAGGGGCAGGGGCUCUGGAUUUCUCUAAAGCUUCUCCCUGGAGACUUGAGUCAGGUACAGAAGGAGUACUCUCACCUAGUGGACAGAUCUACUGCUGUAGCACGGAAAAUGGGCUUCCCAGAGAUCAUCCUGCCAGGAGAUGUGCGAAAUGAUAUAUAUGUCACUCUUAUCCAGGGAGAGUUUGACAAGGGCAAGAAGAAAACCCCUAAAAAUGUGGAAGUCACAAUCUCUGUCCAUAACCAGGAUGGUGCUUUGCUAGAGAAAGCUAUAAUCCCUGGGGCGGGACAGGAGGGACUUCCAGAAUAUAAAUCUGUUGUGUAUUAUCAGGUCAAGCAGCCAUGUUGGUAUGAAACAAUCAAGGUUUCUGUUCCCAUUGAGGACGUCAGUCAUUGCCAUCUGCGCUUCAAUUUCCGGCAUCGUUCUUCUCAGGAAUCUCGUGACAAGUCCGAGAAGGUAUUUGGAGUGGCUUUUGUCAGGCUGAUGAACCAAGAUGGGACAACACUGAGGGACGGAGCUCAUGACCUAAUCCUCUAUAAGGGUGAUAGUAAAAAGUCUGACGACGCCAAGCUAUACUUAUUGCUGCCCGGUACUAAAGAGGAGGAAGAAGAGAUACGCUCUCCAAGAGGACACACCAGUCUCACCCCCACUAAGGACAGUUUCCAGAUCAGCACGUUGAUCUGUUCCACCAAACUCACACAGAACGUGGAUUUACUUGGCCUGUUAAAUUGGCGCUCUAACCCCAAGCCUGUUUCUCAAGCACUGCGUAACCUGAUGGAGGUGGAUGGAGGUGAGAUCAUGAAGUUUCUGCAGGACACAUUGGACGCCCUGUUCAACAUAAUGAUGGAUACACAAGACCAGGAGAGCUGUGAUGUGCUGGUGUUUGACGCACUGGUUUUCAUUAUUUCAUUGAUAGCAGAUAUAAAAUUUCAGCACUUUAAUCCGGUCCUGGAGACCUACAUCACAAAGCACUUCAGUACGACACUGGCUUAUGAAAAGUUGGUAAAGGUGCUGACUUGGUACGUUAGGAGCGCGGAUGACCCGUGUCACAGGGAGAUGCUCUUCUCUUCCCUUAAAGCUGUAAAGUCCCUCUUCAGGUUUAUUGUUCAGUCCCGAGACCUCUACCUCAGGUUUUAUGGUCAAGAUGAGGGGAAUGACCAAUUCAAUGACUCCAUACGCCAGCUCUUCCUGUCCUUCAAUGAACUGAUGGACCGGCCACUAGAGGAGGCUGUGAAGAUUAAGGCAGCCGCCUUGAAGUAUCUUCCGGGAAUUAUAAAUCGCUUAAAAAAUGUUUUUGAUCCAGUGGAGCUGAGCGUCCUCUUUACCAAAUUUAUGGAAAGUGUUCCCCGUGACCAGCUCGUUCAUCAGACAUUGACCUGCAUGAGUAAAGUGGUGGAGAGUGAUCUCUUCUUACAACCAGAGUGCAGAGAUGUCAUUUUGCCUCUCCUCAUUGACCAACUAAGUGGACAACUGGAUGACUAUUCUAACAAACCAGAUCAUGAAGCGAGUGGACAGCUACUUAGCAAUAUACUGGAAGUUCUCCAGAACAAGGAGGCGGGCGAUUCUGCACACCACAUUGAACUCCUCAUGGAACGUCUGCUUCGGAGGAUAAACCGGACCGUGAUCGGGAUGAGUCGUCAGUCUCCACACAUAGGUCGUUUUGUAGCUUGUAUGACAGCUGUACUACGAAAAAUGGAAGAUUACCACUAUGAUCACUACAUCAGCACCUUCAAGACUCGUCAAGAUAUCAUUGACUUCCUGAUGGAAACCUUUAUAAUGUUCAAAGACCUAAUUGGAAAGCAAGUGUUCCCAAGAGACUGGAUGCUGAUGACCAUGACACAGAACAAGGUCUUCCUUCGAGCUAUGAACAGAUUUUCUGCUGUUCUGAACAAGUUCUUCCUUGACCAGACCAAUUUUGAACUGCAGCUCUGGAAUAACUUCUUCCACUUGGCUGUGUCACUUCUAACCCAUGAGUCUCUGCAGCUUCACAAGUUCUCGCAGGAGAAACGGCACAAGAUCCUGUGCAAAUAUGGAGACAUGAGGAAGGAGAUUGGCCUGAAGAUCAGAGAUAUGUGGUAUAAUCUAGGGCCUCACAAGAUUAAAUUCAUCCCGUCAAUGGUGGGACCAAUGCUUGAGGUGACUCUCACCCCAGAACCAGAUCUGCGCAAGGCGACAAUUCCCAUUUUCUUCGACAUGAUGCAGCAUGAACAUAACUUCAGUGGGAGUGGUCACUUCCACAUGUUUGAGAAUGAGCUGAUCACUCGUCUCGACCAGGAGGUGGAAGGAGGACGAGGGGACAGAGAGUACAAGGACCUCCUGGAGAAACUCUUGCUGGAACACUGCCGGAAACACAAGUAUCUCUCCAGCUCUGGGGAGAUUUUCACUUUCCUGGUGAGCAGCCUGCUGGAGAACCUCCUCGAUUACCGCACAAUUGCCAACGAUGAGAGUGAGGAGAACCGGAUGAGCUGUACGGUCAACCUGCUGAAUUUUUAUAAAGAGAAGAAGAGGGAGGACAUUUACAUUAGGUACGUGUACAAGCUGCGAGACCUGCACCUUAGCAAGGAGAAUUAUACAGAAGCUGCAUACACCCUAUUACUCCACGCUGAGCUGCUGCAGUGGUGUGAUAAGCCAUGUGCACCUCACUGGCUGCAGCGCGACAGUUACACAGUUUACACGCAGCAGGAGUUGAAGGAGAAACUCUACCUUGACAUCAUAUCCUUCUUCGACAAGGGCAAAAUGUGGGAGCAGGCAAUCAUACGCAGCAAGGAGCUGAUAGAGAUGUACGAGAACCAGAUGUUCCACUAUGAGGCUCUUGGGGCCCUGCUGAACAAGCAAGCUGGCUUUUACCAGAACAUCAUGCAGUCCCUGAGAUUGCAGCCGGAGUACUUUGCUGUGGGCUACUAUGGACAGGGGUUUCCUUCUUUCCUGCGGAACAAAAUUUUCAUAUACCGGGGAAAAGAAUACGAACGUCUGGAGGACUUCAACCUUUGGCUUCUGACUCAGUUCCCCAACAGUGAGAAGCUCCCCAGCAGCUCCCUGCCUGGUGAUGAGAUCAGGAACUCUCCCAAGCAAUAUGUACAGUGCUUCAGUGUAAAACCACUGAUGAACCUCCCACCACGAUACAAGGACAAGCUGGUACCAGAGCAGAUUCUCAGUUACUAUCGGUGCAAUGAGGUACAAAGCUUUUCCUACUCCCGACCUUUCCGGAAAGGUGAGAAGGACCCCGACAACGAGUUUGCAACAAUGUGGAUUGAGAGGACCACGUUCACAACAGCAUAUAAACUGCCUGGGAUGCUGAAAUGGUUUGAAGUGAAACAGUUUCAGACUGAAGAGAUUAGUCCACUGCAAAAUGCCAUUGAGACCAUGGAGCUGACUAAUGAGAAGAUCAGUCACCAGGUCCAGCAGCACAGGGCUGACCAUAGUCUUCCACUGCACCCACUCUCUAUGCUGCUCAAUGGGAUUGUAGACCCAGCGGUCAUGGGAGGAUUCGCUAACUAUGAAAAGGCUUUCUUUACCGAGCGUUAUCUCCAGGAAAAUCCUGCAGACCAGGACAAGAUUGAGUUGCUGAAACAGCUGAUUGCCCUACAGAUGCCUCUCCUGGCCCAUGGGAUCAGAAUUCAUGGGGAGAAGCUGACUGAGAAUCUCCGGCCUCUUCAUAACAGACUGGUGUCCUGUUUCCAGGAUAUGAGGGGGAAAGUAGAAAAGCUGUAUGGGACGAUCACCCUGCCCUCCAGUUUGACAGAUAGGAAGCUGAGUCGUGCUGGCUCUGUCGUAGUCCCAUAUAUCACAUCUGCCACGCUUAGACGGCUGUCUACCGUGUCUUCCUCGUCUUCUUCAGGAAGCGGCAGCUCCAGACCAGGCUCAGAAGGGUCAAUUGCUGAGCCUGUUCCUUCUCGCCGCGGAUCCCUCAUUACUCGUCUUGAAGAGCAGAGUGACCGAGAAGAGGGUGACAGCCGAGUCAAGAAACUGAAGCAUAAUGUUCGGCAUUCUCAAACAAUUACCGAGCGUCCCAGGGAGAAGGAGGUGAAUUCCAAAAGCUCAUCCUUCAAGUCUCAGCGCCCAAAGAGCUUGCAGAUUACCGACGGACGCCUUAGCCUCCAUACAGGAUCACCGAACCAAGGGGCCACCCCGCUUUCUUCUUCUCCCAUCACUCCAAGGACCCCGAGAACCCAUAGUUUCCCUUCACUUUCUACUCACGGCGACAUGGCAGCACAGAUUAUGGGGUCACCUCCCCCACCACCUCCGAAAAGCAGAUCCAAUGAGGGCAGCCAACGGCUUUCCACAGAGAUCACUUCGAACCUGCUGCAGAGACGGGAUGAAGCAAAGCCACCCACCCCACCUCCAAAGGUCAGGAAGUCCAGUGUAAUCCAGGAACCUGGAAUUUGAUAGAUCACUUCAGUGUAACAGUGGCAUGGACCAUAUAAUAGGCGCUUGAGGCUUCGGAGCUCGCACAACUUCCUCAUCAAAGAAGGAUGAUUCAACCAAGGUUCCAGGUGUCCAAGACUCUCCUAUCAGAUUCGAUCACAAGGGUCCACCACAUGGAGCUGAGUAAUGCACUCCAACUGCUCAUCGUACACUCCGUAUCCAGACAUAGCGUGUGGAAAAGUAGCAUUUAUGUUGACCAUAUGGUUUACACUAAACGAAGGUCUUACCGUUGGACUGUAAUCAUUAUGAACAUAUCCGAGAUACUGAUUUGGAAACUCGAGAGGCUUCCUCAUAAACCAAAUAAUUAAGCUAAAAUGAAGAAGUGUCAUUAUGAUGAUUCAUAAAGAAAACUUCCCUAAACGUUAUCAAUUGAACCACAUUUUGUACAUAUGGGAACUGGAUACAAUUGAAGCAGAGCGGAACCAACCAUUCUUAUUUCAGCACACCUUUUUUUUUUUUUUUUUAAAGUUUAUAUUUUUAGUAUUUCUUGCUAAUGAUAGCUUUUAACACACAACCUCAGUGUAUACUGUUUGAAAGUACGUACAUAAUUUGUGCAUACUCUGUUGGAUUUAGGUAAAGAAAAGGAACUACAGUAUAUAGAUAUAAGUUGGUGCUCAUCUAAUGCCUUAAGUGAGUGUCAAGUCUGUUAAUUAUAUUUACAUGUCAUGACAUUAUUUAAAGAUAAAUAAAAUAUUUUUACUAUAAUAAACACUCCCCAAAAACAAUAAAGAGGGCAAAUAUAGACAAGCAAAAAAAUAUAUAUAUAUACGUACGUACGUACGUACGUACGUACGUACGCACUGUUUUCUGUUUUCGAGCCAGAAAUAAGCAUACAUUCUUGUCUUUAUGUUACUAUGUUUUUCUUGGUUGUUCUAUGGUCUCAUUUAAAUUUGUACUGUUGUGUUUUGAGUUGUUUCAGUAUUUAUGGCCUUUAAUAAGGGACCACUUUACCUAAAGUGCAGGUUGCUACAUAUGAAAGCGGUUUUCAUAACACAUGUAAAUAUAAAGUAAAAAGGAGCUUUGUCAGAGCUAAAGAUAUUUUAAAGAUAUUUUGAGAUAUGAAGGGGGCGGGGUUUGUUUAUGCAUAAAAGAUAUACAUAGUGAUAUACUGGAGAAUAGCACUGAAGGGAGACUUUCCGAAUUCCAGGGGAGAUGUACCAAGCCUUGGAUAGAGAAAACGUACAAGCCAAUCUGCUCCUUUCAUUCUUCAAACCAUGCCUGUAGCAGGACCGUUAGAAGCUCAUUGGUUGCUAUGGGCAACUUCUCUACUGUAUCUCUAAAAAGUUUGAUAUAUCAACCCUAUAGUAUGGAAGCUUCUGCUUGAGUCCUAUUACUACUGUAUCAACUCCCAUAUCACUCCUAAAAAGCGAUCAUUUACACUCUGUAUUUCCAUUGGAUGGAGAGUAAAACCUAUAUGCUGUAAUUUAUUUGUACAGUUAAAUGUAAAUAUAUAUUUGCAUUGAUACAUAAUAGUGAAUGCCGCCAUAUUUGGCAUAAGACUAACAAAUCAGAGCUGGUCUUGGAAAUUUCAAUUUAAAAAAAAAACACCAAAAGGAGAAAGCAUUAAUGCAAUAAUAUAAACCCUUGGCAUAUUCUAUUUUAUUAUAUUCUAGCUAUGUUAUUGUUAUGUGUGUUUCACAAUUUGUUGUUCAUUAUCCUAUAAGAUAAAGGGGUUGGGGUCAGGGCAGGCACAUGCCGUUGGCUUCCUGUCGACCCAAUUUAUUCAAAUUUGUACCUUGUGCAGACCUCCCAACAUUAGUGGUUCGUGAAGUGUGACUUCAAAGGGUGCGGAAAGGGGCAGAGCUUCACACCACCCCCUGUUCCCAUCACUGUGGGGGGGAAAGGGGGGUGCCCAGCUCCCUCCGAGAUGCUGGACUGCCCCCAGGCUCUUCGGGUACUGUGACUAGAUGCAGUGCAGAGCAGUGGUGUGUGUGUCACCCACCACCAUGGGACGCCACAGGUGGGACAUCGGGACAGUCCUAGAAAAACUAGACUGUCCCACUAUAUGUGGGACAAUUGGGUUGUAUGCCUUGUGUGGAUUGGAGCAGGUGUCCAGGGUGGCGCUGGUCUCUGAUAUACUAGCACAGAGCUGCACCCAUAACAAAUAGGUUGCUGCUCCGCCAUAAAAACAUUCUUUCGCUCUCAUGGGGAGCUAUAUUCAGCCUCAGAGAGUGAUUGUCCAAUCAAUCGGCUUCUGUCAUUUAUCUAGCACACUCUUUGAAAUGACAAUAAGAGGCUGAUUGCUUGGGGCAACUAUUCCAUUUUAUCUCUCUUGAAGUUUGAUACAAUUGCCCCUCUGUGUCUUAGAUGCCCCCUAUAUCCCUGGCGACCUAGUCAAUCUCCUAGGUUAGACUAGAAGUAGUGGUGGCUGCGGUUGGCCCAUCAGCACAGUAUAGUGGGGAAAAGUAAUGCAUCAACAUGUUGAUAUCACAUUGGACUCUACAGUAUGUACUAAUGUACCUUGAUAUUCUGAACUCUGAUGCAUUGCUUACAUACAAAGUAUCUUUGCUUCAAACAUGCAUGUGUGCCAUAGCUCUGCCCCAACUUGUCUCCCGGGCACUCACUCUGCUGGAUAGCCACACACAGCGGCACCAGGCACAUAUGUAGGAACUGAGGAAAUGUUGCCAACUCUUUCUCUAUAUCUGAUGUAAUAUAUAGACCUCCUAAUUUAAUAAUCCAGCGUAAGUACCAGAAUAUCUUCAGAAAGCACGUUAUGCAACACCAAUAGAGAUUUUAUAUAUAUAUAUAUAUAUAUAUAAUUUUAUAAUUUUUCAUGGAAAAUGUUAGAAGUACUGUGGAAAUUGAAUAUCAUUAUGGUGAUUUAUUUUUUUUCCCAAAAGAACUUGUAUCUCUUGUUUAAUAAUAAAAUGAAGUGCCUGUAUUCUUCCAGUCCCCCUUUUCCUUUCCACUCAUCAGUGUAAUGUCAUGCUGCCUCUUGUUACGCUGCUGAUGAACGUCAGGGGGCCUGGGCAAUAGUGCUGAGCUGCCUUGUUUAUAUGCGUUUCUAUAUGGCGCUGGAACCCGUCUGUCUGUGAUUGGCUAAUAGCAGCAUAGGGAAUCUUAUGUACGUGAACGAAUACCCCUGCCAGUUACAGAUGGGUUCUAAAGGGAGUGUAGAGAAACUGUAGAUGUACUACUAUCUGUACCUGUGCUAUAUCCUGUAGCAUUUAA